AUGACAGAGACGCAGAGUCUCAUGGCAGCUCAAAACAAUCGUAAACCGCCACCAGACUUCCUGAAAGACUUGGAUUGGAACGCGUUCGAAGCAGCUGCCAUACCGUUGGCCCAGCUCUACAACCCACCGCAGCUGGUCAGCAGCUGCACGGGGUUUGCUGCUCGCCUCUCCAUGUGCUGGAACAGCCUCUUUACCCAUCGAGCCCCUAUCUGUGCGAAGCCAGUGAUUCCGUGCUGUUGCGCAAAGGCCGUGCAGUCCCGGAUUUCGGAUUUGGCUGCAGUGAAGCUCUCCGAUCCAGACGACUGGUUUGUGAAGAUGCUCAGCGUUGAGCACCCCAACACUCCGGAGUUCUUGAAGGGGCUCUUUUGGAUGGAGGACAACUAUGCCCCAGAAGUGCUGUUGACAUUUCAAGAUAUGGACUGGGUCUCGGGAAAGCAAGGAUACUUCAUGCCGAAGUAUAGUUGGACGAAUGAUCCGUCUUGCAUUGGAACAGCCUGCUUGUGCAUCAAUUUCAGCGGUUCUCCAGCUUCUGCAUGGCCGUUCACUCACCAAACGACAGGUGGAUCAACAUCGACCCGCAAUGGAUCUACAGGCCUACAGAGGGCGAGAAGAUCACUCGACCAGAUGGUUCUAUUGUGGAGAUGGCAGCAGAGGACAUGGUUCGAAUCAGUUUUAACAAUCCGAGUGAUCCGACAUCAGGAGUGA